CAAAAACUCUCUUAUGCCUCAGCACCUCGUGCAAUAAGUAGAUCCCCCAUAAUCCUUUCUCCUCCACCAUGCGUAUACUAUCACUGGCCAGUGCCGCCUCCCUUCUUUCUCUCCUCCCGCACACCGUACACGCCUCCGUGCUCGCUAUAGACUAUGGCACGGACUGGAUGAAGGCGUCGGUGAUGAGCCCUGGCAUCCCGUUCGACGUGCUGCUAAACAAGGACUCCAAACGGAAAAUACAAGCCUCCGUGGGGUGGAAGAAAGACACUCGACUGUUCGGGGGAGAUGCGUUCAAUCUCGCGUCGCGGUUCCCCCUCGACUCGUUCUCUCUGAUAAAACCUCUCCAGGGGGUCCCGUUCGACAGCGCUGCGGUGGCCUUCUAUGAGUCGAUAUCGACGACGGAGGUGCUCAAGACAUCUCGGGGGACCGUCGGGUUCAGGCAGUCGGACGGCAACGAGUGGUCCGUUGAGGAGCUCGUGGGGAUGCAGUUCGCAUACGUGAAGCAACUCGCAGAGACUUUCACGGGGGAUAAAGUCAGCGACGUGAUCGUCACCGUCCCGCCGUACUUCUCGCAGUACCAGCGCGACGCGGUCGUCGACGCCAUCGAGGUCUCGGGUCUGCGCACGCUGGCGCUGAUCAACGACGGCACGGCGGUGGCCGUGAACUACGCUAUGACGCGCACGUUCCCAACCCCCGAAACGCACAUCAUCUACGAUGCCGGCGCUUCCGGGAUCCGUGCUACCCUGGUCACGUUCUCCACCGUCAACAGCACUGCGGGGACGCAGAUCACUGUGGGCGGCGUGGGCUACGAUCUGUCUACUGGCGGAGCAGAGCUCGACCGCCGUCUGCGGGAGAUCCUCAUCGAGACGUUCAACGCCAAGACGAAGAAGGACGUGCGGACCGACAAGCGCGGCAUGGCCAAGCUCUGGAAGGAAGCUGGUCGUGUCAAGUCUAUCUUGAGCGCUAACACCGAGGCCACCUCGACCAUCGAGAGCCUGGCGUGGGACAUCGACUUCAAGACCAAGGUCUCUCGCGCGCAGUUCGAGGAGGCAUGCGAAGAUCUUAAAGGUGUCUUUGCGGUCCCCAUCGCGGACGCGCUAAAGAACGCUGGACUGACUCUGGAAAACAUCACGUCUGUCAUCCUUACUGGCGGCAGCACGAGGACGCCCAUGAUCCAGGCCGCAGUCAAAGCUGCUGUUGGAGAGGACAAGAUUGCGUUGAACGUGAAUGCUGACGAGGCUGCUGUAUUGGGUGCAGCGCUUCAUGGUGCCAGCCUGAGCCGACAGUUCAAGACCAAGAACAUUAAGGUCAACGAUAUCAGCAUCUUCGACGUGCAGGCGUCGUACCUUGCCACUGCCUCGACCCCGCGGACGAUCACUACUGGCAUCUUCCCCGCCGGUUCCAAAGUGGGCACGAAGAAGACGCUGACGUUCAAGCGCAAGGAGGACUUUGUGAUCAACUUCGACUACAAGCACGCUGUCGCUGGGGGUCUCCCGACCCGUUUCCUGGAGGUGGAGCUGAAAGGUGUUUCUGAAGCUAUCGCCAAUCUGACUGAGCUGGGUGCCGUCGAUCCUGUCGUCAAGGCCACUCUGGCAUUGUCUGAGUCUGGAUUUAUCUCUGUGUCGAGCGCCCAUGCGUUCGGAGAGAUCAAAGAUGAUUCGAUCGCUGGCAAGCUCAAAGGCUUCUUUGGCGGUGCAAGUUCAUCCUCUGAAACGGACACGUCCACCGAAGGGAACACGCCUCCGCGCGAUACCUCGACGAGCAGCGCUGCCCCGGCUGAGACGGAGACACCCAAGAAAGUGGUGCCGACAGAACAGACGAUCAGCCUCAACACGAGUGUCGUGUUCCCGAGCAUCCCGCCAAUGACGGUCGAGCGCAAGAAGAACGCGCGUAGUAGACUGCGUGCGAUCGACGUGGACGAGGCUGCCGUUGCGCGCAAGGAGGAGGCCCGGAACACAUUUGAAGGCUAUCUGUAUCGUCUGCGGGAUCUGCUGGAGCCGGACAACAAGGACACGCCUUUCAAGCAGUGUUCGCAGGAGUCGGAGCGUGCCGAGAUCACGCGCCAGCUGGACCUGGCGUUCGAAUGGCUGCAUGAGCAUGGCGAUGUGGCUGAGACGUCACAGCUCCUUGACCAGCGGAUAGCCCUGGAAGCUCUCGAGCGCCCUAUCAUCCACCGAUACAAGGAGAUCGAGGCGUUCCCGCAAGCGCUGAACAGCAGCCAGAUGUGGAACUGGAGCACACGGCUGUUCCUGCUCGACGCGCGGGAGAACCUGACGGCCGAAGCCGAGGCGGGAUUGCCGUCGAAGUGGACGAAAGAUGAGCUGGACGGGCUGGAGAAGACACUGAAGGAGCACGAGGCGUGGCUCGGGGAGUGGGUCGAGAAGCAGCGCGAAGUCAAGUCGUACGAGGACCCUGUGAUCGAGACGACGGAGAUGAAGGCGCGGGCCAAGGUGCUGGAGACCGCCCUGCAAAAGUUGUACAAGCGCAAAGCACCGAAGAUCCCGAAGAAGACGACGAUCAACACCACUUUUACUGCAAGCGAGACGGAGAGUGCGAGCGCCGCAGAAGAGCCGACGGCAGCGGUGCCACCGGCAGAGGAGACACCUAUAGUAGAGCCACCUGCUCAAGAUGAGCAGAUACCAUUAUCCCACGACGAGCUGUAAUCUGGAUAAGAAGUAUCCCCAUUAUUGUCCUGCUCCCAUAUCGAAAGGAGGCGGUUUUUGUCGACAACGAGUCGGGCAGCCUGGCCUUGUCAAUAUCCACAAUGCUCA